UUUUACAAACAGAGUCAAAGGUCGGAGUUUUAUUGAGGAGGAAGCAGAUGGUUUAAAUCUCAGUCUAUUUCAAAGCUGACUUUGUCCUUCCCCUUUCUUUUUCAUUACGAUGCCCCUUCCUUCUCUCUCUCCCCCAUUGUCUCUGGAUCUUCCCUCUUUUACUCCAGCUUGUCAUUUUCCAGCCUUUAAUUUCUACAUUUGUACCAGGUGUGACAGCGCUGAGAGAGACAAAGUAAAUUGAUACUUCUUUUAUUGGCAUUUUGACGCUGUACCACGGUCAAUUGUUCUCCUGUGGCCCUCCCAGCUGUUUCCAUCAGCUGCUCAGGCCUUUUUGCACAGGCAGCUAUCGUGUCAUUGCUUUGCUGCUUGUCCACAGAAAUGUCUCUAAAUCGAUCUUGCUGAUGGCAAUAAUAGGUGUGUGUGGUGGACACUGUUUAAAGACCGAGUGUGGUGUACAGUUGAAUGUGUGUGUUUACAGGGGAUGUGUCAUUGGUCUAUAUUUACCAACUUAAGAAUGAGACAGCAUUGUGUUGUCCACAUACUUGGCACUGAAGGACACUUUGUGUUUAGGGUCACCCUCAACGCUUCAUCAAGACAGACACACACAGAGGAGAAUGUGAAGUAGACAGAAAGUGAGAGGUAAUACCAAGACUGGACAACUUCAUCUUCAGGGAGAGAGAGACAGAAAAGGAAGUGGGAUAUAUCCGUCCUACAGAUCUUUGACACCCAGGACAAGAAAGUGUGCUGGUUGAGGUGUUACCAUGGAAACCAGGAUGGUCACGCGGCGGGAGCAAGAGGAGCAGUCGUCCCAGAUGUCUCACAGUAUGCAACUGUCCUCCCAGAUCAAGAAGAAGACCUUCACUUCCAGUGAUGAGGACGCCUCCUACUCUGAUUUCUUUCCCAUCAUACCCGCGGAUCUGAUGUCUGUCAAAGAGGUCCUCGACCUGGAGAUCAUCCCCCGCCACAGGACAUGGGAAAUCCUGAAGGAAACUAUGGAUGCUGAUGAGGAGUAUUACAGGGAGAAGUGGACACCAUUUGGGAAUGAAGCUGAGAAGGUGGAGGUGGACGUGAUCAGGAACCAGCAUGUGUUAAGAACUCGUAUUGACAAAAUGGCCCUUCGCAAACAGGCAGAAACAAAGGCAUCUGCCCACAUGAAGUACAUUGAGUGUCUGAGUCAGAAGGCCCCAGACUUUUCAAUCCCUCUGAGGGCUCACACUGUUUGGGAGGGCAUGACGGUAAAACUCUCCUGCACCGUCCACGGCUAUCCACCCCCAAAGGUUACAUGGUAUAAGAACGGUGAACCUCUGGUAAUGUCUCACCAACCAUGGAAUUAUACACUUCAACAAAAAUUUGGUCUCAACUCACUUGAGAUCAGAAGGUGCUCUCCCGAUGAUGCUGGCGAGUAUAAAGUUGUAGCCAAGAGCCCCCUGGGAGAAGCCAUGACCUUCGGGACACUAGUGGUGAACUCAUAUCAAGGAGCCGUGGCUGGUUCAGGGCGCUCGCAGACCGCCGCCUUGCAGCUUCAACAGGAAGCCAAGUUUGACUCUUCCUUCUCUCCAACUUGGGUAACUGAGGGAAACAGCCUGACCCUGGAGUGUGCCUUCGCGUCUGCUCUGCUGCCCUUCCAGCAGGACGUCACCUGGUUCAGAGAUGGCAUACAGCUGCGUCAGUCCAGCAAUGUGGACAUUAAAACAUCUGCCGAGAAGGCAACCAUCACUUUAAGGACUACGCACAAGGAGCAUGAAGGUGUUUACACUGCUAGACUGAGGACGUGGGAUGGAAUCCAGGAGCACAGCGCUUAUGUCUAUGUCAAAGAUGCAUCAGCUGCACAGCUCGGAGGUCCUGCCUCUCCUCUGGCAGUGCAGGUAUCUGACGUCAACAGGGACUACGUCUUCCUGACUUGGCUGCCACCCAGCGCCGACGGGGCUUCACCUGUAGAGGGAUAUUAUGUGGAAAGAUGUGACCUCAGUCAGAAUGAGUGGGUGCGCUGCAAUGUGGAUAUUCACAAAAUGUGCCAUUACCCGGUGUUUGGGCUGAAGGAAGGAACUCUGUAUCAGUUCAGAGUUUGUGCAGUGAACCGGGCUGGAGCAGGACGACCCUCCAAAGCCACCAGGCCUGUCCUCACGGCAGACCCCCUGGAGCACACCAGGACCACAGUGGUCAAAGUGGACAGAGGAAGGACCAUAACAAUUACAAAAGAUGAACUGGAAGGUCAGGUCAGAGCUCCUUUCCCUCCCACAAACGUCCACGCCUGCGAGGUGAGCGACACCUACGUGGUGCUGAGCUGGACUGAGCCUGAACCCAGAGGCAGGGAGCCGCUCACCUUCUACGUGGAGCGGUCCCUGGUCGGGAAGAACAGCUGGGAGCUGGCCAGCAUGGACAUGGUGGUAAACUCUCCCAGGUUCCCAGUGUUUGACAUGAUCAAGGGCAAGCAGUACCGCUUCAGAGUGCGCUCCAUCAACAAGUACGGAGUCAGCGACCCCUCUGAGCCGAGCGCACCCAUCUCCCUCGGAAAGCCACAAGUUGUACCAGCUCCGCCUGACUCCGUCAUGGCCAUCAGAGACACAGACACCUCAGUGCUGCUGCAGUGGAAAGAGCCCAAAGACAAGGCGGACAUCCUGGGAUAUUACCUGUACUACAGUGAGACGGGCAAACAGGACUGGAAGACUGUUAACAACAAGCCCAUCACUAAAACCAGGUUUACAGUUCAUGGUCUCAAGACUCGGAAGGAAUAUGUGUUUAGACUGAAGGCUGUGAGCCGAGCAGGAAACAGCAGCUAUACGGAUGAGUCUCGCUCCAUCUUGGUCAAAUCUGCCAUUUAUGUUCCUUCUGCUCCAUCUGCCAUCGCCCUGCUGCUGUGCACUGGAUCAGAGAUGGUGUUGGGAUGGAGGGCCCCCGCCUGUAAUGGAGGAAACCCUGUGCGUGGCUACUACCUGGACCAGAGAGAGAAAGGCCAGAAAACAUGGACAGAGGUCAACGUCAAGCCUGCUAAAGAGAGGCAGCUUAAAGUUUGCAACCUGACAAGUGGACAUUUCUACCAGUUCCGUGUGUUUGCCGCCAACGUGGUCGGCGUCGGGAAGCCCUCCGAGCCCAGUGAAGCUUUCCUCUGUGAGAAGUGGACGAUGCCGGAGCCAGGUUGCCCCUACGACCUGGAGGUCAGGGAGGUUAGAAACACCUCGCUGGUGCUCUUAUGGGCACCUCCACUGUAUGAAGGACGAAGCCCCGUCACUGGCUAUUUCCUGGAAGUCAGCCAGGGUGAAGAACCAGAGAACUGGACUGCUAUGAAUGACAAACCGAUCUCCGAUUCUCAUUACAAGGUGUCAGGUCUUCAGGAGGGUCAGACCUACCGUUUCCGUGUUUCAGCGGUCAAUGAGGCCGGGGUGGGUUGUGCCUCUCUGCCGUCUGAGCCUGUCACAGCGCUGACCCAACCAGGCACCAAACGAAUUGAGAUUGGUGUGGAUGAUGACGGCUUCGUGUUUUUGGGCUACGAGGCCGAUGAGAUGAACGAGGAGAGCAAGUUCCUGUGGAGCAAAAAUUACACGGAGCCCCUUGAGGCGGAGAGAACGAGAGAGGAAACCAAGAAGAACAAGUCGCACCUCAUCUUCACAGACCCCUCUGAGCAGGAUCUGGGCCUCUACACGGUGGAGAUGAGCGACAACCCCCAGUUGUCAUCCAGCUACGAUUUCACUGCUGAAGACCUUGAGCGGCUCAAAGAACUCAGCUGGCAAGUCAGAAAUCCCUUGAUAGCGCUGAAGUCGGGCUGGCAGGUGGAGGUUUCUGAGAAAGGCAGCGUGCGUCUUUGGCUUCAGACUGAGAGUCUGAGUAACGCCGCUGAGCUCCGGCUCAUCUUCAACGACCGGGAAAUUUCCAGCACUCAGCAUCGUAAGAUCAACUUCGACAAGGCCAAAGGUCUGGUGGAGAUACUGUUCGACCGGCUCUCUCAGGAGGACGAGGGCUCGUACACGGCGCAGCUGAAGGACGGCCGCGCCAAGAACCAGCUCACUUUGGUCUUUGUCGGUCAAAAGUUUCGUGAGACGCUGGCCCUGGCUGAGGCGAAACGUUACGACCUGCUGAGAAAGUCGGGACCCUACUUCCAGGAAUUCUUGUCAUGGAGUGUAAAUGAGGAUUGUGAAUUAAUCAUAAAGUGCCAGGUGACAAAUACAAACAAGGACACGUCUCUCAAGUGGGUGAAGGAUGGUAUGGAGUUGACACAGGUUGUGUAUGAUCAGUCAUCGGGGGUCAGCACACUCACCAUCCCACAGGUCACAAAGAAAGAGGUUGGUUCGUACAGAGCUGUGGUGUCGGACAAGAGAGGAGAGGACGUCAGCACUCUGGAGUUACUGGAUGAUGAGUAUAACAAGCUUCUGCACCAGCUGAGCAAACAGUGUGCACUGUCAGCCAGCCCACUGAACAUUCAGAGCACUGCCGAAGGUUUCAAGCUCUACUGCUCACUCAAAUACUACAUAAGCUUCUUGAAGACCAGCUGGCACUACAAUGAGAAGAGGAUCGACCAGGAAGCCCGUAGCAAGCCUGGCAGCACCAUGCAGAGAGUCUGGAUUGAAAUCUUGAACCCAACAGAGAGCGAUAAAGGCAAAUACACCUUGGAGAUGUUUGAUGGCCAUGAGACACACAAACGGACUCUUGAGCUGUCUGCACAAGCCUUAGCUGAGGCCUUGCUGGAGCACCAGAGAUUGAAGCAGCUGGCCAUAGCUGAAAAAAAUCGGGCCAAAGUGUCAAAGGGUCUUCCUGAUGUGGUUGCCAUCAUGGAGGGCAAGUCUCUGUGUUUGACCUGCUUCAUCGAUGGCGAACCAGCCCCAGAGGUCUUCUGGCUUCAUAAUGACAGGGAGAUCCUUAAUCAGGAUCAUUUUACCAUCACUAAGGAGCGCAAAUGUAGCACCAUCACUGUCAAUAUUGUCAGGAUGGAAGAUUCUGGAAAGUACAGCAUCUUCGUACGCAACCAGUAUGGUUCUGAAACAGUUGAUGUGACUGUGAGCGUUUAUAAACCUGGGGAGAAGCCUCCAGCUAACGCAGUGGAGAUGGGACUGUAGCCAGAAUUGUGUUUAAGAUUUUAGUCUGUACAUGUUUCUUUAUCAAAGGGAGACUCUGUAACUUCUGAAAAGGAAACAAAUUCUGAAUGAAUGCUCAGUUCAGUACAUAAUAGUCUGCUACAGCUACUUUGUUUGGUCUGAUGUGCCCAUUAGCUUGUAGUAGCUCAUCCUAUCUAAUUAGAUUACCAAUGUUAGCUACUACGGGAGCUAACAUUAGUUAUCAUAAGCGGCUAGGUGUUAGCUCACUGUAGCUUACAUUAACUGAUAUCAGUUGAUAUCAGUAACCUGGUAACCAGUGUUACUCGAACCAGCAGGUGUGAGCUAUAAUGUUAGCAUUAGCUAGAAACAAAUGAACAAAAUUAAGGUCUGAUAUCACUUUUUAAGUGAUACUAAUGGGCCCGGGAUGGCUGACUCUUAUCUGUUUGUGCUGUAGUUGCAUUACUUUUGUUAAUUCAAAUGUGGUAACACAGUCUUUUUUUAACCACUACACGCCCUUCGGCUACUCACCCGAGUUUCUGUUGAAACAUACAGUGUGUGUCAUUUCUUUGUGUGUGUAGUAAAUAAAAGAUUUUCAAGCAA